AUGCCCGUCCGCGUCGACUUCUGGGACGAGGACGAGUUCCGCCGCCGCGGGCUCGAGCGCCUGAUCCCCGCCGCCCGCGGCCCCGCGCCGCCGGGCGAGAAGUUCCGCGUCGUCGAGAUCGUCGGCGCCGAGGUCUACCCCUGCGGCGGCACCCACGUCGACUCCACCGACCUGUGCGGGGAGACGGUGGUGAAGAAGAUCUCGAGGAGCAAGGGGAACUCCAAGGUCAGCUAUGCUGUGAAAUAA